AAAAGUUGCACUUUCACAUAUUCGUCACCUAUCCAAUCAGCUGCUUUCUUUUGUAACGUGGCCAGUCAAUCAGAAAACAAGGGGCGUAACUCAAAACGAAUCAGCGGAAGAUUUGAACGAAGAUGGCGGCAGAAACGUUUACCAAAAAUGCACGCAAAUUGGACAAAAGGGGAACAAGGUGCAAUGUUUUUAACAGCAUAGAAACGUCAAACACAAGCCAGCCAAUCAUCUUCAACCCGGACUUUUUUGUUGAGAGGCUAAAACAUGAACAGCCACAGACCUUCACCGAUUUGGUCCUGUCACAUGUCACCCGACUCAUCGACCUCCCAGGGGAUGAGUUUGCCCAGCUCACCGGUGACUGUGAGCCUAGGGUUCCAUCCUCCACUGGCUUCCUUCGCUCUUUCAACUUUCUCAAACGAAAAGAGAAAGGUGUCGUUUUUGGUGCACCCUUAACCGAAGAAGGGAUAGCACAGAUCUAUCAGCUGAUUGAAUACCUGAGCAAAAACCUUCACAUUGAGGGACUUUUCCGUGUGCCGGGCCACAGCCUCAGACAGGCUGCACUGAGAGAGAUGCUGAAUACCGGGGCAGAAAUAGAUCUUGAGACGGGAGACUUCCACGCCAACGAUGCCGCCUCACUGCUCAAAGCAUACUUGGGAGAGUUGCCUGAGCCCCUGCUAAUGCACAGGCACUACCAUGCCCAUCUUAAAAUUGGAGAGCUCACCCUCUUUGAUGACAAAGGCGACAGAACUAAUACUCCAGACAAGGAGCGGCAGAUUGAAGCCUAUCAGCUGCUUUUUAUGCUGCUGCCACCGGCCAAUCGCAGUCUUUUGAAGCUCCUGUUGGACUUGCUCUAUCACACUGCCCGCAACCAGCAUGUCAACAAGAUGUCUGCUAUCAAUCUAGCAACCAUGUUUGCGCCACACAUUAUCUGGCCCAAAAAUGUGAUGGCAAGUGAUCUUCAGGGAAACAUUGAGAAACUAAACAAUGGCGUAGCAUUUCUCAUUAGGCACUCUCAAAAGCUGUUCAAGGCACCUGCAUAUAUCAAAGAAUACGCACGUGUAUACUUCACCAGAUCCAAAACUCUCCAAUCAAAGGAUGACCUGACACUCUGCGCGGGGAGCAAAGAGCCCCCAGCUGUGCUCGAGCCCACCUCCAAUUGUUCUCCUUACGCGAAAAAGACCAGUGGCAACAGCUCCACCAAGUCAGCAUGUACAGAGACAUGCACUGAGUCAGCUCUCAGAGAACUUUACCAACAAGUCAACAAUAUGCCUGAGUCUGCCAAGAAGAAAAAACUCAUCAAACAAUUUCAGAAACAGCCUUUGGGGACACCCACAGCGGACCCUCGCUCACCAUUCAGUCGAAAGCACUGGCGAUCACGCUCUUUGGGUGGAAUUAUUAAGAGAAAAAUGUUGGGAAGCCAAAUAUUAACGGGUAACGAAAACGGCAUUGUGCAGAGACAAGCGGCUAGCUGUUCAGGUGACGCCAGCAGUGGAGGGGGUUAAUACAACUGAGGAUACCUGCCUUGUAGCUGCAAAGUGUGUCUCAAUCCCAUUUUAAUUUGAAGAUUUAGGAUUAUAAUUUAAAUUGUAUUCAAAGGAGAUUGCCAGGUUUUUAUUUCUUGGUGUUGAUGGAGAAUUUAAGACCAGCAGUGAGGAUGCUACAUUCUAUAUAUUUAGUUAAACAACCAUUUUCUUUCGUAAAUGGUUUUUAAAAAUGUGAACGUACGGCAGCUGUUUUUUUUGUUUGUUUGUUUUUUGUUUUUUCAAGUGACCAUUUUACAGAAAAGUUUACAAGAUCAGAAAUGUGCCUUAAUUAAUUUAAGUUACUGGAUGCUGCAAUUUUUAUUUAACAAGCUUUAUGCAAGUUCCUUUUUUCUUUCCCAAUUUUAAGAAUAUGCUGUAAUUUAAUUAUAGUGGUGGUUGCCUAAGGAAUGCAAUUUAGGAUAUCUCUCCAAAGGUCAAGUUCUAAUGUAUAUUCCAGUUUCUAGGAAUAUAUUCCUCUGAUGCAUUUGCCUGCUACUUUUUUGGUGGGUUAUUUUGCUGUACAGUAAAUGUGAUUUUGUUCUCUUUUAGAGUAACUUAAUUUUUUUUCCCCCCAAGUCGGUUCUGCUUUCUCUGCAGCUUUUAGCUGCAUGCCUCAAAUGCUUUUUACCCUUAGAGAUUUGUAUUGAAAUUCAAGGGAUAAGGCGUACUUUAUAUUGUUAGAUUGGCACUUUCAUAAGGGGUUUGAGCCACUGUUACUUUCAAAAAGUUCUCGUCUUCAUCUGUUGCGGUUUCUUCCAGUUCCAUAGCCACUCUGUUAAGGUGUUACAAUACAAACAUGAUGUGGCAAAGUUACUGAUCGUUGUUGCAAUUGUGAAACUCCACAACGGAUGUAAUAAAAGACUU